AUGACGAGAACGCGUGCUGAGACGGCAACGCCGCAACUAACUGUGCGCAACCAUUCUGGACCCGUCCCAGCAGCGCCUUUCACCCCUCCUGCCGCGACCAUGGAGCACGCCGACACCGCUACCUCUGACAGUCAUUCUAAUAAACACCUCCCCUCGAUUCGAUUUAUCCCCCACCAAGAUCCACGUGCGCCCAGACCCUCCCUCCAGUUUGCUACCAUAACUCGUACCCUCCCCGAUGAAUCGGCAGUCAUUAGAGUUGGACGUUACUCGGAACGUGACAACAUCCCCGACAUACCUGCGAACGUCCCGUCAGCCGCUGCUGUUGGCUUCAAGUCCAAGGUGGUCAGCCGGAAGCAUUGCGAGCUGUGGUGCAAGGACGGCCAGUGGUACAUCAAGGACGUGAAGAGCUCGUCGGGGACCUUUUUGAAUCACAUACGUUUGAGCCAACCUAAUGUUGAAUCGAAACCCUUCCCACUCAAAGAUGGGGACAUAAUUCAGCUUGGCAUUGAUUUUAGAGGCGGGGAGGAAAUGAUAUUCCGCUGCGUAAAGAUUAGAAUCGAAUGCAACCGCGGGUGGCAGCAGGGACUCAAUACAUUCAACAAACAAACUCAUCAGCGACUGCGGAACCUUGCAAAGACUAGAAAGGAAGGCGACAGCGCGUCCACACAUACGUCCGAAUGUUCUAUCUGUUUAAUGGGUGUUGCGCCAUGUCAAUCAUUGUUUGUUGCACCCUGUUCGCAUGUAUGGCACUACAAGUGCAUCCGACCCAUUCUCAAUGGACCAACGUGGCCCAACUUCCUCUGUCCCAAUUGUCGUGCGGUUGCCGAUCUCGAAGCUGAUGUCGAAGACCCGGGCGAAUUCGAGGAAUGGGACGAGGAAGCUAGCAACGCCAACGGCGACUCGUCUGAAGACAAUGCAGCUCCCAAGGAGGACAAACAUGUCACACCCCGUGCAUCGACUGUACCACUUGCUACCAAUGCCGAGGGGGGUGCUCAAGCCAGUGGAGACCUCAGUCUGGCUGAGUUGCAAUCCGCCUUGUCCACCAUCAACAUUGCCGAUUCCCUCAGUCAAAUUGCUAAUGCACCCGUGCCCAAUCCCUCGACCCCGCAACGCUUCAUCACUCCAGCAGCCUCAUCUUCGGUAACGCAGCCUGUGACGAUUAAUAUAACCGCAAACAACGAGCAUUCUGGCCUCUCCCCAUUGUUCCACACCGAAGUUAAUGGCCUCAGCCCGGAGCGUGUAGCGGAGGGACCAUUGACGCCCCGAAACGAUGCAGGGCCAUUCGUUUUAGACGGAAGCGCAGGGCGGACGGCGGCGACAGGGCCUCGAUUACGUGACGAGUCGCCAUCCUCAGGCCGUGGAGAAGCCCCGACACUUCCCCCUCUGCAGAUGUGA